AUGGAUCACCUCACCAUUGAUACACAAAGUCUUAUCUUCAGAUUUACCAGUGGGAAAGAGUACAUUUACAAGCUGAAUGGCCUUCUUAGCAGCUUAUCAGCUUUUGUGUUUGAAAUACUCAUUGCAAGCAGCUUAUCCUGGCGCCUCUGGGAAUUUGACAACAAUGUUAUACAGUUUGUGUCCUUUGGACUGUGGGAAGUGUAUUACCCACAACAGUUUAACAUCUCUGGAACACUAACCAAGAUGCUGGUGUACACCCCUAUUGAUUCAACUUGGAACAUUUCAACUGAAUUUUUGUAUGCACAAAACCUGAUAGUAUGGGCCAUUUUCAUGAAGCCCUUGGUUAUGGUUUUCUGUGUAAUGGCCAUUAAGAUCAGCUGCAUGACAGACCCAGUUGUGGAAAUGCAGAUAUAUUGCUAUAAGAUCUCUGCCUUAAUUUUGGCUGUUAGCAGUGUGUUCACAUUUGUUUCUGUGACCUGGAACCACAUGGUAGAUCUUUAUGGCCAAACCACUCUUGACUUUCCAUCUGAUUUUUCUGUUAAGAAAGAAGACUUAAGAAGCAAACAUUUAACUGCUGUGUUUCCAGUAGGUCUUCUCAUAUCCACCAUGUCACUCUUUGGUGUGAUCGUGUUUAUCUCUGAGAUAAACGAUUUGAAGCUACAGCGUCCUGUGAAGCCCAAGUGUGCUACCAAAACUGCCCUUCUAGAGGCUUGA